CCAGGGACGCCUGGUGGCCUCUCGUCUGUUUUUCCGGCAAAGUGAACCUGAUGAGAUAGGGUUGAUUUUUGGGCGCCGGGAAUAUCAACCCUCUGAUUCCUUUCGGUUUCUGUUUGAAAAUCUGAGAAAAACAAAAAGCGGCCGCUGUGUGUCUAAUGUGUGUGUGUCUUUGUUCUCUGUGUCUUUUACGUGCCUGAUUAUUGUUUUACUGACAAUGGGACAGACAGUGACGACCCCCCUUAGCCUGACGUUAGAUUAUUGGACGGAAGUCAGAGCGAGAGCGCAUAACUUGUCAGUAGAAGUAAAAAAGGGACCAUGGCAGACUUUCUGUACCUCCGAAUGGCCCACCUUCAAUGUUGGGUGGCCCUCGGAGGGGACUUUUGAUCUCCCCACUUUAUUAGCAGUAAAAGCCAUUGUCUUCCAGGAUUCGCCUCAAGGACACCCGGAUCAGCAACCCUAUAUCGUGGUCUGGCAAGAGUUGGUGGAAAAUCCACCGCCCUGGGUGAAGCCCUGGGUGCAGAAGAAAACGGGCCCUCGAGUUUUAGCUGCCCAGACCCAACCCCAGAGCAAGGGAAAAGAAACUAUUAAAGUUUACCCUGACACUCAAGAUUUGCUUAUGGUUGAUGAUCCCCCUCCUUAUCCUCCUGCCCCUAUGGCACCCCCGGCCCCGGCACUGCCGGCACCGGCACCCCCGGCCCCCUCAGUCCCUGAUGCCGAGGCAGUAGGGCCGGCUCCGGGACCUGCCCAGGGAACUCGGCGCCGCCGAGGGGCCACCCUGGACCCACCGGGUAUUUUUCCUCUCCGGUCUUAUGGAGUUCCCAUCCUUGGGGAAGAGGGGGAGCCGCCCUUCCAACCUUUGCAAUAUUGGCCAUUCUCCUCUGCUGAUUUAUACAAUUGGAAAGCUAACCACCCUCCUUUUUCAGAGGAACUGCAGAGACUAAUGGGACUGAUAGAGUCCCUGAUGUUCUCUCACCAACCCACUUGGGAUGAUUGUCAGCAGCUCUUACAGGUACUCUUCACCCCAGAAGAAAGAGAAAGGAUCCUUCUAGAGGCACGGAGAAACGUGCCUGGAACUGACGGACGACCAUCGCAACUCCCUCAUGACAUAGAGAGGGGGUUCCUGCUGACCAGACCCAAUUGGGACUUUAAUUCUCCAGAAGGUAGGGAGCGACUAACCAUCUAUCGCCAGGCUCUGGUGGCAGGUCUUCGUGGAGCCGCAAGGCACCCCACCAAUUUGGCCAAGGUAAGAGAGGUUAGUCAGGGAGCCACUGGGGCACCCGCAGUGUUCUUAGAACGCUUGAUAGAAGCUUUCAGGCGGUAUACUCCUUUUGACCCCACUUCUGAGGAGCACAGUGCUUCAGUGGCUCUUGCCUUUAUCGGGCAAUCAGCACCUGAUAUUAGGAAAAAGCUUCAGAGACUAGAAGGCUUACAGGAUUUGUCACUGAGGGAUUUAGUGAAAGAAGCUGAGAAAGUUUAUCAUAAGAGAGAGACUGAGGAAGAGAAGGAACUAAGGAAGGAAAAGGAAAGAGAAAGUAAAGAGGAAAAGAGGGACAGGAAGCAUGAGAGAAAUUUAACAAAGAUCUCAGCCGCAGUAGUAGAAAAUAAGGGACGCCCGCCCUCUAGUGGUAGAACUAGUAAGGCAGGGCCCCUGGGCAACCGGCCUCCUUUGGAUAAAGAUCAAUGUGCAUACUGCAAAGGAAAGGGGCAUUGGGUGAAAGAAUGCCCUAAGAAGCCACCGCGGGGACCUCCAAAGAAAGCGUUGUCUCUGCUGGAGGAUGAGGAUUAGGGAAGACGGGGCUCGGAGCCCCUCCCCGAGCCUAGGGUAACCCUGAAGGUGGAGGGGCAACCCGUUGAGUUUCUGGUGGAUACCGGUGCUCAACAUUCUGUACUGACCCAAGCUAGAGGCCCUCUUUCUGGCAAAAAGUCUUGGGUGUUCGGGGCCACGGGCCAGAAACAAUAUGCAUGGACUACCCAAAGAACAGUGGACUUAGGAGUGGGACAAGUAAACCACCCAUUCCUUGUCAUACCGGAAUGCCCCACACCCCUGUUAGGAAGAGACAUCCUGACCAAAGUCGGGGCCCAAAUAUCCUUUCAGGCUGAAGAUGCCCGAGUGACAGAUCGAGAGAAAAAACCUUUGGGCCUAAGUAUUCUGUCCAUAAGAUUGGAGGAUGAGUACCGCCUUUUUAAGGAACCGGAACCCUCCCUAGUUAGUCGGAGGUGGCUCAACCAGUUUCCAGGGGCCUGGGCGGAGACAGCGGGUAUGGGGCUUGCCGUAAACCAGCCCCCGGUGGUCAUAGAGUUGAAAGCCUCAGCUUUACCAGUGACUGUGAGACAAUAUCCAAUGAGUAAAGAAGCCAGAGAUGGAAUUAGGCCCCAUAUCCAGAGGCUCAUAGAGAAGGGGAUAUUAGUAAAAUGUAAAUCCCCAUGGAACACUCCCUUGCUGCCUGUAAAGAGAGAGGGAACAGGAGAUUAUUGACCAGUGCAAGAUUUAAGAGAAGUUAAUAAGAGGAUACAGGACAUUCAUCCCACUGUGCCAAACCCUUAUAACCUGCUAAGCUCUCUGACCCCGGAAAACACCUGGUAUACAGUCUUAGAUUUAAAAGACGACUUCUUUUGUUUAUGCCUGCACCAGAAUAGCCAACCGCUGUUUGCUUUUGAGUGGAAAGACCCCUCCACAGGAACUACUGGACAAUUGACCUGGACUCGCUUCCCACAAGGAUUCAAGAAUUCGCCCACCCUCUUCAAUGAGGCUUUACAUCAGGACUUGGCCUUUUACCGAGCCUCCAACCCACAGGUAACUUUGUUACAAUAUGUCGAUGACUUGUUGAUAGCAGACCCUACUCGGAAAGCCUGCCAAGAGGCCACUGGAGCCCUUUUGACUGAACUUGCUAAAUUGGGGUAUAGGGCAUCUGCCAAAAAGGCACAGAUCUGCCAACAACAAGUGACUUAUUUGGGAUAUUCCCUGAGAGAGGGGAAAAGGUGGCUUACUGAAGCCCGAAAGCAGACUGUGACGCAGAUCCCGGUUCCUACUACUUCGCGCCAAGUUCGCGAGUUUCUGGGGACGGCAGGGUUUUGUAGACUAUGGAUACCCGGAUAUGCCACCUUAGCCGCCCCCUUGUAUCCCCUAACCAAAGGGGCAGCCCCGUUUGUUUGGGGACCUGAACAACAGCAGGCCUUUGAUGAUAUCAAAAAGGCCCUCCUGUCAGCACCCGCUCUGGCCUUGCCAGAUGUGACUAAGCCGUUUGUCCUUUUUGUGGAUGAAUGAAGCGGAGUGGCUAGAGGAGUGUUGACCCAACAAUGGGGACCUUGGAAGAGACCUGUCACCUACUUGUCAAAAAAAUUGGACCCAGUGAGUAGCGGAUGGCCUGCCUGUUUGAGAGUAGUGGCGGCCGUGGCCCUCUUGGUUAAAGAUUCUGACAAACUGACACUGGGACAAAAACUCACUGUGGUUGCUCCACAUGCGUUAGAGAGUGUAAUCCGACAACCACCCGAGAGAUGGAUGUCGAAUGCCAGAAUGACUCACUACCAAACCUUACUCCUGAAUCGUGAUCAUGUGGAGUUUGCCCCCCCUGCCAUCCUAAACCCGGCCACUCUGCUCCCCGAUUCAGGGAAGGAAGUGCUUCAUACCUGCCAGGAAAUCCUGGCCGAGGAGACAGGGACCCACCGGGACUUACAAGAUCAGCCCUUAGGAGGACCGGGACUCCUGACUUGGUAUACAGACGGGAGCAGUUACAUCAUGUAUGGUAAGAGAAUGGCUGGAGCUGCAGUAGUGGAUGAUGACCGGAUCGUGUGGGCCAGCGGACUCCCAACGGGCACUUCUGCACAGCGAGCAGAACUCAUCGCCCUGACUCAGGCUCUAAGGAUGGCAGAAGGUAAGAGACUUAAUGUCUACACUGACAGCCGAUACGCUUUUGCCACCGCUCACAUACAUGGGGCUAUUUAUAGACAGAGAGGGCUGUUAACUUCUGCUGGGAGAGAUGUUAAAAACAAAGAAAUUUUAGAUUUGUUAGAUGCCAUCCAUAGGCCUAAGGAAGUAGCGAUAAUACAUUGCCCUGGACAUCAGAAAGAUGAUUCUCCAAUAGCUCGAGGAAACCGGAGGGCGGACCAAACCGCAAAGCAAGCGGCUCAGGGAAUGAACAUUCUACCUCAAAAUUCCUCGCCCCACGAGAUAUAUAAGUCUGAAAAAGGGAAAGUUGUUCUGCCCCAGAGAGAGGCAGAAAAAUACUUAAGGCAAUUACAUCAAUUGACACAUCUGGGAGCAAAAAACCUAAAGACCCUGGUUCGGGACUCCCCUUAUCAUGUUAUUGGAUUAGGAAAAUUGGCUGACGAGGUUGUAAGAAAUUGUGUUCCCUGCCAAUUAGUGAACGUGAGUAAAAAUCAAGCAAUAUCCGGGAAGAGACUUCGAGGAGAUCGCCCAGGAGCCUAUUGGGAAGUUGACUUCACUGAAAUUAAGCCUGCUAAGUAUGGAUAUAAAUACCUUCUAGUUUUCCUAGACACAUUUUCAGGAUGGACAGAGGCGUUCCCCACCAAAACUGAGACAGCUCAGACGGUGUCUAAAAGGAUACUUGAAGAAAUAUUUCCAAGGUUCGGAAUCCCCAAGGUAAUCGGUUCCGAUAAUGGACCUGCCUUCGUUGCCCAGGUAAGUCAGGGAUUGGCCAAGAUCCUGGGGACAGAUUGGAAAUUGCAUUGUGCAUACAGGCCCCAGAGCUCAGGACAGGUAGAAAGGAUGAACAGAACUCUAAAAGAGACCUUGACUAAAUUGUCCAUAGAGACUGGCUUAUGUGAUUGGUUAGUCCUCCUUCCCUUCGCCCUGUUUAGGGUCAGGAACACUCCCGGCCGCUUUGGACUAACGCCUUUUGAAAUAAUGUUUGGGGUCCCGGCCCCGCUCCAAUCAGCUCAUCUUCAUACAUUCCCCGAAUGUACAACUAAUAAGUUUCUGCUUGAAAGGUUACGAGCCUUGGAAGCCAUGCAGAAAGAGGUGUGGGCCUCCAUUAAGGAAGCCUAUCGGCCAGGGGACCUCUCAGUACCUCACCAGUUCCAGGUGGGAGACCCUGUCUACGUGAGAAGACACCGGACGGGAAACCUUGAGCCGCGGUGGAAGGGACCUUUUAUCAUCCUCCUGACUUCUCCCACAGCCGUGAAAGUAGAUGGUGUCUCUUCCUGGAUACACGCUUCACAUCUGAAGAAGGCACCCCCACCGGACCCGGACUGGCGAGUAGCUCGGACUGAUAACCCCCUUAAACUCUGUCUAUAUAGAAAGAACCAUGUUGCUAGCGAUUCUGAUGUUUCUGCCACUUCCAACCCUCCAGAACCCCAACCCCCAUCAGCCCUAUAGGCAGACAUGGAUCCUGACAGAUGGACAGACUGGUAAAACCCUUAAUGAAACUGCACACACUGCCCCUCUAAACACGUGGUGGCCAGAUUUGUACUUUGACCUCAGGGAGCUUUUUGGGCUUAUGCAAGGGAGGGAACACAAUUACCAUACCCUACAAAAACGGGCACUCGUUAACACUGCUCAAGGACGAGCACAAGGGUUCUGGGCCUGCCCUGGCAAUCUAAGAAAUAACUGGAAAACCUGUGGGGGCUUAGAAAGUGUUUACUGCAAAAGCUGGAGUUGUGUAACCUCUAAUGAUGGGCCUCGGAAGUGGGCAGUCGGGAAUCGAGAUUUAGUUAAAUUCACUUUCAGAGACCCUGACAACAGGGUACCCCAAGUGUGCAUGCAAUUUAACCAAGAACAGGCCAAAAAUGAAAAGUCCUGGGUGACUGGAAUAACUUGGGGAUUUUCAGCUUGAUAUGGGCCGUUUCGCCUGGGUCGGCCCUUACCCAAGUGGACUCUUAACUAUCAGACUUAAAAUCGAAACCCUUCCGGCCGUCCCAGUAGGACCGAAUAUUGUUUUACAAGAUCAACCACGCCUUCCAACUCCAGCCCCGAAGCAAACCCUAAUUCAACCAGUAGACCCUGUCAUUACUCCUGCUGUCCCCGUCCUCACUCUUGAUUCAGUAACCCCCUUUUCUAGCACCGGGCAACGCCUCCUUAACCUCGUUAAAGGGGCUUUCCAAGUUCUGAACACCACCAAUCCUAAAACUACUGAAUCUUGUUGGUUGUGCUUCUCUUCUGGGCCGCCUUAUUAUGAAGGAUUAGGAUUGUUGGGCAGUUUUAACAGGACAACCCGUCACGAGAUCUGUAGCUGGGGGAGCCAUAGGAAACUAACCCUGACUGAAGUAACUGGAAGAGGAAGAUGUUUAGGUACAGUUCCCCCCUCCCAUAAAGCUUUGUGUAAUGAAACCAUAGCUGUAACCUCCUCAGGUGAACAUGAGUAUCUAGUCCCUCCUCCCGAGGGAUGGUGGGCUUGUAACACUGGAGUGACCCCAUGUGUCUCUACUUCUGCCUUCAACUCUUCCCGUGAUUUCUGUAUCAUGGUCCAGCUGGUGCCCAGGUUGAUGUAUCAUGAUGAUCUCUCAUUCGUAGCUGAAUUUGAACCUAGGCGUAGAUAUAGAAGAGAGCCAGUCUCACUGACCUUAGCUGCAUUGUUAGGGAUAGGUGUCGCAGCCGGAGUGGGAACGGGGGCAGCCUCUAUUGUCCAAGGGAACCAACAUUAUGACAGGCUAAGGACAGCUAUUGAUGAGGACCUAAGGACCAUAGAGCAAUCCAUUACAAAACUUGAAGAAUCUCUGACUUCCCUCUCUGAGGUAGUCUUGCAGAACAGACGAGGGCUGGAUCUGUUGUUCCUAAAAGAAGGAGGACUGUGUGCAGCUUUAAAAGAAGAAUGCUGCUUUUAUGCAGACCAUUUUGGAAGAGUAAGAGAUUCAAUGUCAAAGCUUAGGGAAAGGCUAGACCAGAGAAAGAAAGAACGAGAAGCCAGCCAAGGGCUAAUUGAAUCUUGGUUCACUAGGUCCCCGUGGUUUACAACCCUGAUAUCCACUCUGGCUGGGCCCUUACUCAUCCUUGUGUUGCUCCUCACUUUAGGACCCUGCAUACUAAAUCGGCUGAUAACUUUUGUUAGAGAAAGAGUGAGUGCUGUUCAUGUGCUGAUGUUGAGGCAACAAUAUCAUUCACUUACCCCACAAGGAGACACAAACAUUCCAUGAUUAGAAUGCCCCUGAAGAGAAGUGGGGAAAUGUAGGAUCUGAAAAAUCAAAAGUUAGCAUAAGUGCAUAAGUACAGCUAUCUUAAAGGGUUAAACACCACCCUCUAGCCUAGGAGAAGGAAAAUUAUUAGAAUCUUGAAAAAAAAA